CAGGAGGGGUAUGUCAUCUGAGAUGUCAGUGUGUCUGUUGUAGUAUGCAUUUUGUCAUCAAAGUUCUUUUGCUUUAUAUGUGGAUGUUAAAAUAUGAAUUUAUUAAUUUAACUUGACCUUUUCUAUUUUAGGAACUGUUUAUUUCAUCCCACAUCUGUUUAAGCUUUGCCAAUGAGAACUUGACCAAGUAUAUUGUGUACAGUUGAAGUGUCCAGAGCUGCUGCAUCCAUGUCUUGGUUCUCCUGCCUCUUUAUUCUGUGGCCAUCCCCCUUCCUGCUGCUUGUGGGGCUUGUUGGCAGACAGCUGGGGCUCAGGGUUGGUCUGCAGGUUGUUCAGACACUGACGUGUUCUCGGUGGGGGUCACCAAGCGACCAAGGUCUGUUCCAGGAGGGAAAUGUUGUAAUUGGCGGCCUCUUCAGUCUCCGCUAUAAUCCUUCGGCUACAUACCAGGACUUUACUCAGCUGCCAUACUACCAAUCCUGCACUGGUUUGGAAAACCUUCCAUUGCAGUACAUGUAUGCUAUGGUUUUUGCUCUGGAUGAAAUCAACCAUAGUGCAACCUUGCUUCCAGGGGUGAAGUUGGGCUACGACAUUCGUGAUAGCUGUGGCAUACACCCUUGGGCAACACAGGCAGCACUGUCACUAGUUGGAGGAGACAGCAGCAGCUGUAAUUCAGCAGCACCAACAAACUAUUCUGCUGGGAAUAAAGAGGAGAUCCGCACAAGUAGUGGUGAUCAGCUCGUUCCACUUAUCAUUGGUGGUUCUUCAUCUGUAGCAGCCAAGACACUUGCAAAAGUCCUGGAGCCACUUUCUGUACCUUUAAUGAGCUACACAGCCAGCUGCCCCUGUUUAAGUGACAGAGCUCAGUAUCCAAACUUCUUCAGGACCAUGCCCAGUGACAUUUACCAAGCAAGAGCAAUGGCACAGCUUGCCAUUCGCUUCAACUGGACUUGGAUUGGGGCAGUGGUAGCAAACAACGAUUAUGGACACAUGGCAGUAAAGGUAUUUCAGGAGGAGACUAAGGGGAAAGAGGUGUGUCUGGCAUUUGUGGAAACUCUCCAAAGAGACAAAAUUGUGAGUGAUGCCAGACAAGCAGCACUCACAAUUCAGGCCUCAACUGCCAGAGUGAUUCUGGUCUUUUCCUGGUAUACAGACGUGAGGGAACUAUUCCUGCAACUAGCCAAGAUUAAUGUGACUGACAGACAGUUUCUGGCCAGUGAGGCUUGGAGCACCAGUAGUAAUCUCCUCCAAAAUCCUAUCACUUCCAAAGUGGCUAGUGGUGUUCUUGGUGUUGCCAUUAAAAGUUCAUCCAUACCUGGGUUUGAAAAUUAUCUACAAAGUUUAAACCCAUCUUAUCGCCCUGACGAUAAGUUCUUAAGAGAAUUCUGGGAAAAGGAGUUUGGUUGUAGUCCCGAAGCCACAAAUCUGUCUGCUUCUCGAGCAAACAGGUUGCUUGUAAAGUCUUCUCUUCCACCCUGCAGUGGUACAGAGUCCCUGGAGAACGUGCAGAAUCACUUGACUGACACCUCUCAGCUGAGAGUGACUUAUAAUGUCUACCUUGCUGUUUAUGCCACAGCCCAUGCCCUUCAUAGCCUUCUCUCGUGCCCAAACAGCAAGAGACAUUCUGAAAACAACAGCUCCACUUGCUUCCUCCCAAAACACAUCAAACCCAUAGAGCUGAUGCAACAGAUGAGCAAAGUGAACUUCACCACACCACAAGGUGAACUGUUAUAUUUUCAAGGGGGCGACGUUCCAGCAAAGUAUGACCUCAUCAACUGGCAGAAAACCCCUGAUGGGGCACUCAAACUUGUCCUGAUUGGCCGUGUUGAUGGAUUUAAGCUUCACCUUGAUGAGUCAGCAAUUCAUUGGAGCACAGGAUCACAACAGGUGCCUGUUUCAGUGUGCAGUGAGAGCUGCCCCCCAGGUACCCGAAAGGCCAACAGGAAAGGAGAGCCCCUCUGCUGCUUUGACUGUAUCCCAUGUGCUGAUGGGGAGAUAAGCAAUACAACUGGUUCUCUUCAUUGUGAGCGAUGUCCAUCUGAGUUCUGGUCCAAUGUUGAACAAACUGCCUGCAUUCCUCGUCAGUUGGACUUCCUUUCCUUUAAUGAAACAUUGGGCAUCACUCUGACUACAGUAGCUGCAUCAGGUGCUGUGGUGACAACAGCUGUGUUUGUGGUAUUUCUUUGCUACCGUCAAACACCCAUGGUGCGAGCCAACAAUUCAGAACUUAGCUUCCUGCUUCUUAUGUCUUUGAAGCUCUGCUUCCUGUGCUCACUGGUGUUCAUUGGUCGUCCAUCAAUCUGGUCCUGUCAGUUCCAGCAGGCAGCCUUUGGGAUCAGCUUUGUACUUUGUGUUUCCUGCCUCCAAGUCAAGACCAUAGUUGUUUUGGCUGCAUUUCGCUCAGCUCGGCCUGGUGCUGGAGCCUUGAUGAAGUGGUUUGGUCCCAGUCAACAGAGAGGGAGUGUCUGCAUAUUUACAAGCAUACAGGUUAUCAUCUGUAUACUUUGGCUAUCCCUCAACCCUCCAGUUCCUUAUGCUGACCUAAAAAUCCCAGGGUUAACUGUCACCCUGAAAUGUGCCAUGGGCUCCGUGGUGGGCUUCCCUCUGGUUCUUGGCUACAUCGGUCUUCUAGCCUGCACCAGCCUCCUCUUGGCUUUUCUUGCUCGGAAACUUCCUGACAACUUCAAUGAGGCCAAACUGAUCACCUUCAGCAUGCUUAUAUUCUGUGCAGUAUGGAUAGCUUUUGUUCCUGCUUAUGUUAGCUCUCCUGGAAAAUACACUGUGGCUGUAGAGAUAUUUGCGAUUCUUGCUUCCAGCUUUGGUUUACUUUUCUGUAUUUUUGCUCCAAAGUGUUUCAUCAUUCUUUUGAGGCCAGAGAAAAACACAAAGAAACAUUUGAUGUCCAGAUAACUCAGAAAAUGCAAAUGCAAUACAUGCUUCACCUAAAGUAUGAGAGCCACUAUAAAUACAAAAAAAUAAUUCUAUUAUCAAAAUGUACUCAUCAGUCUUAAUGUUCCUUUUUUCAACUGUGUAAAAUGUUAGGAUAAAUUCCUGUUACUAUCUGCUAGCUGCAAUAAGUUUUAAUGUAAUAUGUAUAUUUAAACACAUAAGGUAGUGAAAUAGAUGUAAAACUUUUACUGAUGCAACCAUGUUCAGCUUUAGAAAAAUAGCAACAAUAAAUAUUUCUAAAUGAA